AUGAAGUAUCCUCUGGUUCCUUUGGUGAAUGAUCUGACCUUUCCUCUUCUUUUCUUCUGGUUUUGUUUGCCGUUUGUAAUGCUGUCGAUCAUAAUGAUUAUCUGGCUACAGCUUCUACUUAAUGAAGAGAUACCUAGUGCAGAAGAAAUAAAGAAACCAUCUUCUGAUGAGCCUGAUUCUGACUCUAAAUUUGAGAGUGAACCAACAGAGGAAGAAAACCAGGAUAACACAUCCG